AUCUAUUCGUUCAGUGUCUGACUAUCCUCUGAAGACCUGUGUACUCGCGACCGUAUUACCAGAUUAUUGCGACAUUUCGUGUGACAUUUUAAUUCAGUGCAUCGUGUCAUAACAAAGUGACGAGUGAACGCAUUAAAACGGAUAUAACAAGAAUGGACAGGGUAUUAAGAGAAAUGAAUGUGGCGUGGCGAUGACAAGCCUGAUCUUGGAAAACGCAGACUUGAACCGACUUUUCCCGAAAUGUCGGCCUAGGGGUGGCCCACCCCCGAGUCCGGGGGCCUCCACACAGAUCAGUCAGCCGCAUGAGAGCCUCUGCCAGAAGGAGGCCGUCUCUGUUACCACCAGCCUCACGACUAGCCUCACAAAUACACUCGCGACUACGUUCGCAAACACUCACUCCAAGAACACACAUUCAACGCACUCACAAGCGAUACCGGAAGACAUGAUCGACCUCGAGCGUGAUAUCUCCGAUAGGACAACGAACAUGGUGUCCGGUUUUACAGGUGACAGUCAACUAUCUGUUGGUGUUAGCAGUGGUACAAGCAAUGUUGGUGGUCCUCUUGGAACAUUUAAUUCGCUUGGUGCACUUAAUACUAAACCGCUUUCUUCAAGCUCCUCGUCUGCCUCUGGACAUAGUGAAGAUGCACAACAAUAUGGUAGCCUUCCAGGUAGUGAUCAGCAGAGUCACUCACAACAGGAUGAUAGUGGGCCUGAGGAAAGCCCUGUAUACAUUUUAACUUCUGCAAAGGGUGAUCGCAGUUACAAAUUAAGGGACUCCAGAAUUAUAGAAAUUGCUGGUGGACGAGAAGUUUUUUCUCAGAGUCGAGGUAAAGUAGCAGCUAGAAAAUCACGCUUUCUUGCGGCAUCAAAUUCCUUAAAUAAUGAAGACAUUCAAACAGAUAACAAGCUAUCAGUUAAAAGAAAUAAUAAAUCACCAAACACUCAAACUAUAUGGGAAUUAAGAAGCCGAUGCGGUGAUACAAGAAAGCAGCGUUCUAAUAGAGAAGUCACAGAAACUGUAUUUUCUUCAGAAAUACAUUCUGUGCGACAUAAUCCAACAAAAUCUAUUGACUAUGAUUCCCCUAAGAGCAAUCACAGCAAUCGUAUUAUUAACUAUGACUCAAUUUUGAAUAGCAAUAAUGUAGAAUAUGGUAUAUCAAAAAAUACUGCGGAUCUUGAUUAUGGAUUGUCAAAAAGCUGCAUAGAUUAUCAAUCAAAUCAUACUACACCAGCAAGAAGCAUGGCUAUCGUUAGUGAUGGUGAAGUAGUUGUCUUUGAUGACAUUGAUGAUAAUUGGCAAAAUUUGCGACUAGACUUAACUUCUAAUAAUACCAAUCAAGUUACACCAACUAAUUUAAGCCUCGAAACUGAGGAAUCUCAAAGAGGUCGCAUUCCUCCAGAACCCUUAAGUUCUAGCAUUGGAAGUACACCGAGCCCAACAACGGCAUAUCAUCGUAAUACUUCAGAAUUUUUUAAGGUUAUUACUCCAGCUAGUGAUUGUGAAGUAGACUCACCAUCUUCGGAACGUAAUCACAAAGUAACAAGAGUAAUUGGUGAAUUACCCAUAGCACAAUAUUCUGAAAGUCCACGACGUUAUGGAGUACGUGAUACUCAACUUCCAUGCCUUUUGUCAUCACCAUCUGUAUACAUGACACCAAGGCCUGGUUUUCCACAGAGAGUAUUACCGACAACACCAAGUCAUAAUGAGAAGGAGGAUACUUCUGCAGAAAUCAUCGUAGAAAAGGCUGUGGUAGAAACAAAUAUAAAUUAUUCUGAUGAUCAAGCUGUAAAUGCCUCUCCUCCAUCUCCUAAAAUUGAAGAUGAAGAAGAAGACUCUUUAAAACCAUCAACUAUACCCACAGAUAAUAUAAGCAAUCUAGUAUCGUCUGGUGGUAGUACAUUUGAUUAUUUAUAUGAAUUCUCAGAAACUCGAAAAGUACUUGAGGAAUUCUUUAAAUGUCCACCACCAACAAAAGAAAAGGAAAACAGUACUGAGUCUUUCCCAUUUCAGGAUUUGGAUUAUGAACUGCGGAGACAAGGAGGAAGUGCUUAUGUUGGUCAACGAUUAGCUAGUGGUCCACCAACAACAGAGGAAGUUCUAGUUCAUGAAUCUCCCAAGAAACAAAGAGCAGAUUUUCCACAAAAUGCCGGUGAACAUGAAAAUAAUUUCUUAGACCUCUCAGUAGGUACUGGAAGUAGUGAGGAUCUCGGAGAAACAGAGGUUGGAUUGCAAGUCGGGCACUCUCGCAAUUUUACAUUGAGUCCUGAAACAACUGAUUGCGACAGUAAUUGUGGAGAUCUCGAUAGUGAAGUUUCAUUAAUGAUGAUGGAUAAUGAAUUAAUACCAGCUAGUGGUCUUCUUGGAUCAGUUGGCGAUUUAGGAAAUAAUUCAGAUUCAUUGAGAAUAUAUGCUAGCAUGCCAGUUCUCGAAGAUGGUUUAUCUAGUGGACACGCCAGUGAUACUGAUAAUAAUAAUCCAACUGUGAUGUUGAUGAAGCGACAAAUUAAUGAAAUUGAAAAAGAAAUUAUUCAACGUAGUCGUAUUAAUGAUAGUACUCAUCCAGCUACCACGGAGAAUGAUUCAGUUGGGAAAGAUAUCUCUGGCUUAAAUGUCGGCAAAGAUAUUUUGCAUUCCUUAAAAACUUCAUCGCCUGAUCUAUUUGUUCCUAAGAAAGAAAAUUCAUAUGAUACAAAUGAGCUUCAGCUUGAUGGUUUGGAUCCUCUUGGCACACCGCCACCGCCAGCACCUCAGGCUAGACAAAGCGUUAAUCUAGAAAUAGGUGGUGAAGUUGAAGCUGCUAUUAAAGACAUUAGAAUGGCUUUGCAAAGGACUAAGACUUUGCCUGUAAAAUCUUCUACAGAAGAACCAACUGAACCUAAUGUCAGUCCUAUUUGGAUACCAAGUCUAUCGGAUGGCAGGCGGAGAAUUUGCGUGGAAAAUAAUAGCGAAGAGUCGGAAGUUCGUCGUACGGGUGAAGAAGCAGAUGUUGAAAUCGAGGAGGGUCCAGAUGAAGAAGAGGCAGAUACUGACCUCGAAACUGAUCGUUUACUUGGACAGCAAAGAACAGACGAUCAGGGUUUUUACGACGACAAGGGGUGGAGGAAGCCUAAGACUAGGACAAUGUUACCACCGAUGAGUGGAAAAGUGCCAACUCCUAAGCAAACUCCCCCGAAAAGCCUGAGUGUCGUUCCGGUAGAAAGCCCGCUAGCACCUUCGGAACCCUUAGCUUCGACCUCAGCCUGUGUAUCCACUUCCGCUUCUGCCUCUAUUUCACCUCCUCCAGUAGUUUCCGUUAUUCAAGCCGCGCCUUCCGAUUGUGAUGUUACUACUCCUUCACAACCUACGACAAGUCCACAGAAGACUCCAGCCAAAAAUUCUCCCUCGUCCCCUCAGAGUCUCAAGGAAUCCAGCAACAAGGUGAAAAAGGAAAAAGAAGAGAAGAAGAAAAGCAGAAAUAAAGAAGCUCUUCUCAACGAUUCUUCAGUUUUGAUCGAAGGAGUAUUGUUCCGAGCCAGAUACCUCGGAUCUACUCAGCUCGUUUGUGAAGGAGAACCUACCAAGUCGACUCGUAUGUGUCAGGCAGAGGAAGCUGUGUCUAGGAUAAAGGCACCGGAUGGCGAAACUCAACCAAGUACAGAAGUUGAUUUGUUCAUCUCGACGGAAAAGAUCAUGGUUUUGAAUACGGAUCUAAAAGAGAUCAUGAUGGAUCACGCGUUAAGAACAAUAUCUUACAUAGCAGAUAUUGGUGAUGUAGUGGUGCUAAUGGCACGAAGACGAUUUGUACCACACGAAAUGGAAGAGGCGCCAAAAAUCAACAGAACUCCAAAGAUGAUUUGUCACGUGUUUGAAAGCGAAGAAGCCCGAUUUAUUGCACAAAGCAUCGGACAAGCAUUUCAAGUAGCUUACAUGGAAUUCCUUAAAGCAAAUGGAAUAGAAGAUCAUAGUUUCGUAAAAGAAAUGGAUUAUCAGGAAGUACUCAAUUCUCAAGAAAUAUUCGGUGACGAAUUACAGAUGUUUGCCAAAAAGGAAAUGCAAAAAGAGGUUGUGGUACCCAAGGCGAAAGGCGAAAUUUUGGGUGUAGUUAUUGUUGAAUCUGGAUGGGGUUCUAUGCUACCAACAGUUGUAAUUGCAAAUUUGGCACCAGCUGGAGCGGCUGCUCGUUGCGGACAAUUAAAUAUUGGUGAUCAGAUAAUAGCCAUCAAUGGUGUUUCAUUAGUUGGCUUGCCUCUCUCCACUUGUCAGACUUACAUCAAGAAUUCCAAAAAUCAGACAGUCGUCAAGCUAACUGUCGUUCCGUGCGCGCCAGUAGUCGAGGUCAAAAUCAAAAGACCUGACACAAAGUAUCAGUUAGGAUUUAGUGUACAGAAUGGAGUAAUAUGUAGUCUACUAAGAGGCGGUAUCGCUGAAAGAGGAGGUGUUCGAGUGGGUCAUAGGAUUAUCGAAAUUAACAAUCAAAGCGUCGUCGCCGUGCCCCACGAGAAGAUCGUCAAUCUUCUUGCCACAUCCGUCGGCGAAAUAUUAAUGAAAACGAUGCCCACGUCGAUGUUUAGGCUACUAACUGGCCAGGAAUCUCCAGUGUACAUAUAAGCGUUUGAUUGCCUGGCUGAUAUGCGUAGUGAACAGACAAUACAUCCGCCAUCCACUACCAUAUUAUUCAAUACUCUACUCUCUGUACAGAUUUAUUCUACGCAAAUUGCUUUGUGUUUCGAUUCUUGUGAAAUUCUAUUCGUAUAUUCUCACCAGCUCCUGCUUAGCAAAGCAACAAAAUUUACGUAAACACGUUGCGACAAAUAUUAAUAUAUUGAAUAUUUACAUAAAGCAAAAAAAAAAUAUAUAUAUAUACAUAAUAUAUACAUAAACAUUUUAUUUAUGAAUGAGAUUCUCUAUGUCUGUUUUCCAGUCUAGUAUUCGUACAACUAUUAAAAAAUAAUAUCCAGAUGCUGAAACUACAACCAAUUGUUGCAAACCGAAAAUACGUUUGAUGAAUUUUCAUUGAUUCUUCCUCACCAUUGUCUAAUGUGUUUUUAUUUUCUAUCGCCUUACAGAAUAGUGGAAUAUUUUAUGUAUUGGGAAAAUUAUUUACUAUAUAUGUGAAAAAGGUGUUAUUGUAUAUUUAUUUUCAAAGACUGUAAUGUAAGCAACUUUUGAAGUAAAGAGCAAUAAUUGUGUUGCUUGCACUUUAUAUAUGUAUACAUUUGUGUAUAUCUUCAUUCAUUGUGUAUAUUUGUUUUCAACAAAUCUUUAUUAAAUAGUACAUUUGUAAUGUAUAUUUAUGAAAACAUAAUUUAUUACAAAAAGGAAAUGAUAAGUAAAUUGAUAUUUAUAUUUACAGAAGCUCUUUUUGCGAAACAAAUACAGAGAGGAAGACAAAAAAUUGAGUAAUUAAAUUCCAUGUAUUCGAACACAAUGAAUACAGAAAUAAUAUAUGUUGCGAAAUCAGCAUCGAGAAUCGCAUUCCAUGCGCGAUAAGAAAAGCGAAAUAUGCAGUGCACACGAUUAUACAUAGCACAAAGCUCUUUACCACCGUUUAGAGCAGGGCUGGAACUCUCUGUACAUUACAUAGUUAACGACGGAGUAUGUUUCUGGAAGGGCCUUCAUAUAUUUUGUUGGCUUCAUGUUAAAUCACAUCGUUUAUUUAAUCUUUUCUAUCCGCGAGUUGCAAUUUCUUUAGUUUUUUAAUUUUUACUAAUAUUAAGAUCUACUGUCUACUACAUAAUAUUUCGAAUACGACGUGUCGCGAUAAAUAUCACGGUAGUUAUACUGAAGAGUACUCCGUGUAAUAUUUCAUUACAUCAACAAAAUUUUUGUUUACAGUGACCUUUUUUAGAACUAUAUCUUUUUUGAUAAAGGAAUACUUUUGGUUGUUGUUAACAAUUACUUCGAUCAAAUCGAAUUACUAAUACCAAGUAUUAUUGAUACAUAGAAAGAAAUUUAAUAUUCAACGUUGUAUGGGCAUCGAUAUGUACUAUCGAAAAUUCUGUAUUUCUUUCUUUGUGAAAAUUAUUAUACCGAACAUUAUAACGCUAAAUAUACUUUAACAAGAUGUCGUUCCAUAAUGUUGUAUUCUAAAUUUAAAUUUACUUACACUUUGAUAAUUAUUGUAAGAUAAAAAAAACUUUAACAACAAAAUUUCAAGUUAGGAAAUACAAAAAUAUUUUUCUGUGUAUCGAUACCAUAAUACAGGAAAUAUGAAUAAUUAUUUUUAGAAUUUUACUUCUAAAUUUUAAGUUUAGGAUUUUGUUUAACAAUUGAACAUAACACUCUAUGAAUUGCUAUUGGAGUAAAUAUAUGAUCAACAAAACAACAUCUGUAUGUAACAUAUUGCGUAAAAAUGAACGCACUUAUUUUUAUUACUGAUGGAUGAUGAUAUUUUAAUGUCGUCAGUCGUAACCGACUUACAUGGUGCAAUAUUACUCCAUCAUUUUUUCACAAUUAAUGUAAUCAAGCGAGAGCAAUCUCAUUAAUUAUACAAGCAUUUACAGUUAUCACGAUUGAAACAUGAUCUUAUUAAACUAUUUAGAAGAUACUCUUUACUUAUUGAAUAUAAAUUAACUUAAAAGAAAAAGACGUUUUAAUCUCGAUUUUAUGUAAUAUUGCGACUGAAAAAUUAUUAACAUUUACAAAUGGUAACUAAAUAAUAUUAACAUGGAGAGGAGUUCUCUUCUAUGUAAAUACCGCGCAUCAGCACCCAUUGAGUUCCAUCAAUUUUUUGCUGGAAGCUUUCCACCUCAACUAACGACAGAUACGCGAUAUGCAAAUCUUAAGAUUUCUAAUGAAAGUUUGAUAAAAUUUCAAUGCCAAAGUACAUUAAAUAACUAUAUUAAAUAUGAUAUGUCAGAUCGCAUGAUUUUCUUAACUAUUUAUCAUGAUAUGUACGUAAUAAUAAUUUUCCUUUUUGCGCAUAUCAAAUUUCAAUUCAUAAUAAUUUCUGUCUUCUAAAGAAACUUUCAUAGAAUAUCAAGCUUAAUAUUUGUAAAAGAUUACAAGUGAAAUUACGAAAAAAAAGCUUAAAUUACUUUUGGUCUUUAUGUAAACAACAAUACCAAAUUCAUGAUAGAGAUUCCUCGUUAUUUUUUUGCUUUUAUAUUUUUAUUAUCUCAAGGAAAAUAUCUUCUUUUUUCUGUUGUACAAUAGGAUUGUGUUUUCUUCAUUUUUGUUAUCUAGUACUACUUCCAGAUCCUUUUAUUUCCAUUUUUGUUACUUUAUUAUUAAGAUAUUGAGAAAUUAAAAUAAUUCAUGUAUGUAUAUAGGUACCUCAAGAUUGAUUAAAACUUAAUAUUUGCUUCAAAAAGAGACUUUCUAAAUAAUAUGCCAUCGUUUAAUAAAUUCAUAAUAUAAGAAAUACAUCAACUGCGAUAUUUUUUGCAUACUAUUAAUAAAAUUCUCGAUUAACUUUCCUUUUGAUUAGUGUAAGUUAAGUGCAAAAUUAUGUGCUUCUCGCAAAAAGAAUUCUUCCAAAUUUUUUACCAUAUUAAUGUUUUCUCUUCUCUUUUUAUUUUCUCCUCUUCAUAAUUAUUUGAAUUGCAAUGAUUAUACAGCACUAUAUUUAUAACUUUCUAUAGUAUUUUUUUCCAUAACAAAAUAUUUAAAAAAUGACUAAAGCAAUCUUAUUUUGUUGCAUAGCUAUUCUGUGUAUUCCAAAGAUGAUAUACGUAAAAAUAAAUAUAUUUUACAAAAUAAUGCAACCUUGAAGUAUCUAUGUUAUAGAAUACAUUUUAUUAUUUAUUGAAUUUUUGUUUUAUCAUAAACAAAAAAAAAAAAAUUCACGAUAGCACAUCUUUCAAAUAUAGAAAGGAAAUCAAAAAGAAAAGCGAUUACAAAGGAAAGAGUGAAUGUGAGAGAAAGCAAUUGAAACGGAUAAUAAUUUCGCCGCUUAAAGAAUUAUAUGAUUUUACAAAUCCUAUUUAAACCGGUUUGUUGUAAUAUCAAAUAAUAUGUACAAAAAUGUAGUUUAUACUAAUUUUAUUUUGUCUGCAUUUAAUCAGUGCCAUUUAUAAUGCCCUGGAAUUGAACUUUUUUAUGUUUUAUUACAUAUACAAAAGUUAUGUUUUAGUAAAUAAAAAUAUGCGCAUGCUUGUGUAACGGAUCUGAGUGGAAAAUUUUACCAUCUUAAUUCUAAUAGAAUGAUUUGACAAUUUUUCGUUGGAACACUAUUUGAAAUGAAUGACAAACAAUGUUUUAAUUUAAAAAUUCAAUUUAAUAUUGUCGAAUGCACACAAAAAUACAGCACAUUUUUAAAGAUAGUUAUAGGAACAUUGCUGCAACCAAAGAAAUUAUGUUUCUCAACGCAUAAAAAUUUAAUAAAUCAAAUAAAAAUGCUUAUAUACAUAUAAUGCAAUAGUUUUGUGUAAAUUUGUUAAAAUUUAUUUAAAUUUAAGUAUAUGUCUCUAUCAAGAAAUACAAUUCUAUCAAACAGUAUACUGGUAUAAAAAGUUGAUUUCUUCCAUUUUGUCUAAUACCUUAUAAUUCAGCUCUAUAAAGAUUCUUCAAAAUUACUGUCAUCAUUUCCGUCGGGAAAUAUGCUUCAUUUAUUAAAGCAAAAGUCUAUAAUGAUAAAUCCACAUACACCAAUGUACACUUUGCAGUAAACUGAUGUAAUUUAUAUUUCUUAUAUACACACAUAUAAUAUAUAUAUACACAUAUAUAUUAUGUGUGUGCGCGCGCGCACGUACGUGCGUGUGUGAAAAAACGCAAUGCGAAAUUUCAUAUCUUUCUUUUACAAUUGAAAUUACACGUUUCGGAAAAGAUAUAUACAUAUAUAAUUAAUCUUUUUCUCCGAAACGCGUAAUUUCAAUUGUAAAAAAUAUAUUAAAUUUUGCAUUGCGCUUUUUUUCAAUUCCUUAUUUUAUAUCGAACGUAAACACAUGAAUUCAUGAUAAUUUAUGAUUAAUCGAAAACAAGGAUAAAUGUAAAAGUUUUUCGAGAUUUAUUUUUUAGAGAAGAAACGUCUUUAAAACAAGAUUAAUAAUAAUAAUAAUUCCUACGAAUAAUAUAUAUUUUAUUUUUAUAUAAAUUACUUUUAAUGGAGAAUAUUUUCGCAGAAUCUUUUAUUGUCGUUAAGAACUUCAAUUUAAGUUCAAUUGUGCAUUCAUAGUGGACAUAUUAUAUAAAUUAUAAUUUUAUAUUUGUAUGUUUAUUUCAAAAUUAUACAAUCCUAUGUACGAUAACAAAUCUGGUUUUAAUUAUUAAUAUCUGGUUAUUUAUAUAUUCCGUAUUUCAAUUUAAAAUGUUUUACACUUUUUGGAAUUGCAUUGAAAAAGUUAGAAAGAACUUACAAAUACAUUUUGUAUAAUAUAAAUCCACUCGAUACGUUUCCCAAGAAAUACUAUUUUUGAUCGCAGACGAUUAAUGCUGCUGUUUAUAAUCUAUUUAACGCAAGAUAAUUUACAUUUAUUUAUUCGCCCAAUAUUAUCAUUCGGAAAUCAUUAUUGCUUUUGCUUCACAAGGUUUUUACUGCAUAUCUGCAUAAUAUAGAUAUUUUAAAUAAAUGGAAAUUACUUUAGAUCUAAUACAGUGAACAGAAUAGCGAUACAUAUUAGAAAUAUAUGAAUUAAAAAAUGAUGUUAAUUCUUGCUUCGUUCAGUAAAAACUCACAUUGUUCGCACGUUGAAUAUUAUUUGAUUUAUACGAGAUAGGUACAUAUGAGGUGGUUGAGAAAAGUUCAUUACGCAUAAUGUACCGAUUCGAAAAUAACAAAUAAUAUUUCCUAACAACAUUGGAAUGUACUUUGGAAUGUUUAUUACUUAAUAAUAAAUAAUGUUUUAUUAAUAUCAUUAUUAUAAUACAUAUAUAAUAUUUAUAACAGUUACUUCUUUUAUAUUUUUGAUCCUAAAUUGUAAUUAUUCAAUUGAAAAGAUUAUUUAUAUGAUACUUUACACAUGCACAUUUUAUUAUUUUUGCUAAUGUCCUAACGUAUUCUCAAUACUUUUUUAUCUUCAGAAAAGGUUACAUUUCUUACAAUAUUUUUGAUAGAAAAACCUUAUUUCACUUCGUAAAUCACAAAUGUGUUUUAAUUAUUCUUUUAAUUUAUUUUGUAUAAAUAUCAAGACAAAAAACGCUUUGUUCUAUAAUAUAAAGAAAAUGAUAGAGAUAAUCAACGUGUCAACAAUUGCAGUUUCAAUAUAUUGCAUUUUUUAUAAUUAUGUUUACUUUCAAUCAAACUAUCUUUCCAUUAUAUAGAUUUAACAUACGCGUACUAUUAUACACGUACUAUUUUUCUAUGUAUGCGGUUUUUCUUUAGAUUAUUUUAUAUCUACUUGCCAUAAUAGCUGAUAUCUAAUUAUACAUGUCGUGCAGAUACGUUGUUUCAUUGCUAUUUUAAAACAGUCCUUUUUCGUCUCAUAUUUUACGACUAGAUACAAUAACGAUAUAAAUUUUAUAUCAUGAAGGAUUUAUUUAUACAUUUAAUCCUUAUGGGUGCUUUCAUAGAAUUAUAGAAAAAGCAAGCCUGAAAUCAAUUCUGAAUGUUUAUAUUCGAUUGUAAAAGACGUAAGCAGCGUGUUGCACAUCGCAUAUCACAUUAAAUGUAUACACACAUAUAAUAUUGAACAACACGCGUUUCCCUUCAUCAAAAAAUCCUGUCAAACUCUUUUGGAUGUUUAUGCUCAUAAAAUGAACACAAUCAUUUACAUAUAGUAUUAUGUACUUCUGUUUUAUUCUCUUACUUAGAUACCAUUCAUAAAACAUCUACUAUAAGUGAACUCUAAAUAAAUUUCUUUUAGAUCUUUGGUACUUUUCUGUCAUUUUAUAAUUUACAUUUUAAUUAUUUGAAAAUAUAAAAAGUCUUACAUCAUUAGUAAUGUUGUUACUUUUAGCCGAAAGCUUUUUCGUUACUUAUGAAAUAUUUAAUAUCAUUUUUUAUCUGCAAAUUCAGUGUAUGAACACGUAUAUUUCUAAAACGUACCAUAAAAUAGCGCCUUAUACGAAGUGUUGUACGUAUAUCGACGAAGUUUUCGGGAAAAAGGGAAACGAUAAAAUAAUGUUCUUUUGAGUUAUGUGGAGACUGCGCCCGGAAACGUUGACACAAAUUUAGAAUACAAAUGUUCUAUGUAUAAAAAAAAAAUGAAUUUUGGCAUGGAAAUUUUUAUCCAUAUAUUUGGUAAACAAAGGAAUGAUACGAAUAAAAUAUAUGGGAUCAAACAUGUUUAUAUUGGGUGGCCGAAAUUUAUCUAGUCAUUACGCUAAUUGUAAGGGUAAGAUAAAACAUGCAUAUGUACGUGUAUACAUAUGUACGCAUAUAAAUACGUAUAUAUGCAGAAAUCGAUACAAAUAUAAAUAUAAAUAUAAAUAUAAAAAUGAAUGCAAAUAUAAAUAUGAAUACAAAUAUAAAUACAUACAUAUAUACGUGUGUGUGUGUAUAUAUAUAUAGAUAGAUAGAUAGAUAUAAAGAUAAAAAUAAAAUAAAAUAUACAGCCACCGUGAACCACCCUGACUGAAUGUGUCUGUUUAGCCAUAUUUUAAUAACAUUCGCAAAAUAACAUUAUUGUCGAUCUGACCCUGCGUGAUUGUUGAUAGAACGUUUUUUUUUUAAGCAGUAAAGUUAAUGAAGUUUUUAUUAGUUGAAUGUAUCCCUGCAUUUACUUUCGUUAUACAUUGAAAAGUUGUAAAGCAUAUUCGUAAAGAAAAUUCUAAAAGUGUAAUAUCAAUACAAAAUAUCACAUUUCAUUGCAUAACAUGUGUUAAACGUAUAAGAAACAUACGUGGUAUUGAAAAUGUUAUAGCAUACUGUUAAUCGCAGAAUAUAUUUAACAUAAUUACAUAAAAAAAAAUUUUUAAAAGAAUUAUAUCAACGCAAAGAACUGUUAUAAAUUAGAAAAUUAAACUAUACGGAAUUUCUUAUGACUGCUUGUGCAGUAAAGACUACAGACAUAUACAUAUGCAUAUAUAAAUAUAUAGGUAUACAUAUGGUAUAUAUAUAUAUAUAUAUAUGUAUGUAUGUAUGUAUGAAACGGCAAAGAUUUACAACGCGAGUUACUAGGUAUACAUAUUACUCUAAUGUACACGUGAAAGUAAUCGCUUCUCGACAAAUUGUUUAAAGAGCUUCGAUACAUUGAAUCGAAUAAUUCGUAUAAGAAAAAAAUUCAAUGAAAAUUCAAGAGAUUGUUUUGUUUAUUAUAUUUUUUUCAUUCAUCAUAAAUGAAGAGUUUCGUCGAUUUAACACUUAAAAUGAUUGUUAUGCAAAUAAACUUACGUAGGUAGAACAUAUUCCAAUAAAAAUGCUCAUACUAUAGCAAAUAAUAAACAUUCACGUGUUCGAAAAACAAACAGUUUAUAUUCGAAAGAAUUGAAAAAAAUAUUUUUAAUUCACAAUAAAUAAUGUGAUGAUGUCCGAAAAUUUGUCGUAUUGUCAAAAAAAAAAAAAAAAAAGAAGGAAGAAA